UGUUGGUAUGGCUCAGGCUGCAUCAUCUAGGAGGACACGUGUUCUCUGUUUUUUACCGAGUGUGGGAGGGGGUGAGCGAGUAAGGGAGGGCAGUUUGGAUGUAGAGAGACAGCAUAGCCCUCACAGGGUAGACCGCAUCUCUCCGAAACACACUCACGAGCCAAAUACUAAAAUCCUUCCAAACUACGGCAGACGACAAUCCUUUAGCAGAGAUGGGGCCCGGAUUGUUCUGGAACUUUCCAUCCAAGACUAGCUGCACGGUUCCACAGAGCCUGCUGCAGACAAUGUUGCUCUCCAGGAUGGCUGGCAUGAAGGAUCAGCAGUUCACUGAGGAGAAACCACUACUGCCAGAAUCCAGGGGACAGGAAACCGAGAUGCAGGCCAAAGGACAGUGUGUGCACGCGCUGCCCUCUGCUACGCCCUGCCCCAACACGGCUCGCCCCCCCAAACGCUGGCAUGCGAUCGCCCGACACUGGCUCGGCAUGACGCGCCGUCGGACCAGCGGGUACAUCUCGGAAAACUGUGAGACCUUCAUUGCUACGGGAGAUUGGAAGGAACACGACAUUGAAACCCCUUAUGGGAUGUUGCACGUGGUGAUCCGCGGGGCUCCCAAGGGCAACAAGCCAGCUAUCCUGACCUUCCAUGAUGUUGGGCUCAACCACAAGUUGUGCUUCAACACAUUCUUCCACAAUGAAGACAUGCUGGAGAUCACCAAGCAUUUUGUGGUGUGCCAUGUGGAUGCCCCAGGCCAACAGAUUGGUGCCCCACAGAUGCCACAAGGGCACCAGUACCCCACCAUGGAUCAGCUCGCUGGGAUGCUUCCUAGUGUGGUGCAGCACUUUGGCUUCAAGAGCAUUGUGGGAAUUGGAGUUGGAGCUGGUGCCUAUAUCCUUGCCAAAUUUGCGUUGAUUUUUCCUGAUCUCGUGGAAGGUCUUGUUCUUCUCAACAUUGAUCCCAAUGGAAAAGGCUGGAUCGACUGGGCCGCAACAAAAUUGUCUGGACUCACCAGUGCUUUACCAGACACUGUAUUGUCCCACCUCUUCAGCCAGGAAGAGCUUAUGAACAACACAGAGGUUGUACAGAGCUACCGUCAACAGAUCAAUAACACUGUAAAUCAGUUCAACCUACAGCUCUUCUGGAACAUGUACAACAGCCGCAGAGAUUUGGAAAUGAACCGCAGUGGCUCUGUGUUGAACGCCAAGACCCUGAGGUGCCCGGUCAUGUUGGUCGUUGGAGAUAAUGCUCCGGCUGAGGAGGGAGUGGUUGAGUGCAAUUCCAAGCUGGAUCCAACCAACACCACAUUCCUGAAGAUGGCUGACUCUGGUGGAAUGCCUCAGAUUACACAGCCUGGAAAACUCACAGAGGCAUUCAAGUACUUUCUGCAGGGGAUGGGUUACAUUGCUUAUGUAAAGGAUCGGAGAAUGAGUGGGGGGCCAGUGCCUUCAGCCAGUAUGACCCGUCUGGCUCGGUCACGAACAGCCUCUCUGACCAGUGCCGGCUCCGUGGAUGGUUCUCGCAACCGCGCAUGCACACACUCCGAUAGUGGCGAGGGCGUCGGCCAGGUCAGCCACACCAUGGAAGUUUCCUGCUGAGCCUGCAUUCACUUCCUCACACGCACACAUUUAGAGAGGCACAACAUGAAAAGAAGGUCUGAGAAGAAUAUUUUCCAUGUCUUUUUCUCUCAUUUUUGUUUUUCAGUGUUAGCUGUCUUAACCUGUAAAACAAAGACUUGAUGUCCUUCUACCCUUUAGAACAGUGUUUGGUUCUCCCGACUUUGUAACACGGUUUCUUAUCACCAGUCAUGUCAGAAGAAGAGUAUGAAACAAAGCAAGAAAAAGAGGAAGGGUGGUAGGGGGUCUUAAAAGAGUGACAUUUGUUGCCAUGUUAUAAAUGCUCUCCCUCUCUGUCUUGAGCGAAAUCGAAGCAAUUGUAUUGUCAAAGAGGGCAAAAGUCUUUCAACCAAUGAACAGCAGCUUUCGGCUAAUCGUCUCAGCUCAUUCAGUCUUUAGGAGUGUAUGUAUUACCACAUAUUUAUAAACAAUAUUUAUUACACAUCGGUACACCGUGUCCUAACCAGGUGCAGAGUUUCUAUCGUCAAUUACUAAAGCUACAGUAUCACGUCAUUUUGUGUUACUUUUAUGACUCAUUUUUAGGCUUGUGUGGUCUUCGGGUCUCGUUCCUUAGUACUGUGCAUCGCAAGUGUAACACGAUCAGUUGAGUUACCUCGAUUAUGAAUGCUUGUAAAUUUAGUUGAUUAUGUUAUGCAAAUGUUUAAAAUGUAUUGUUAGGAGUCAGACAUUAUAGUAAGUGUUUUGAUAUCAUAAGACAGCUUUGUGUGAGAAACAGGGUGAAAAGUACGUGUUUAUUAACUGAUAUUCUGCCCUUUUACUCGUGAUUUGUGUGAAAGGAAAUAAAAGUCAUUGUUGUUUUAGCGCCUCUAGUGUUCAUUUCACCAGGAAACUACAGGUAUAGUUACCCACUUCUAUGAGACCGGUUAGAAAUUGCUACAUGAAAAAGUGAGGUUUUGGACCAAUAACAUUCUGUUUCCAGGAAUGGAAACCAAGCGACUGACAUAACAUCUUAUUGCGCUUCACAUUUAUAUUUUAUUUAACUGGUUUCUCAGCAUAACAUAUAAGAAAUUGCCUGUAUCGUUUAUUGUUUUAUUGCAUCACGCCUGGUCAGGACAGGUUUGCUAAAAUGCUAUAUUUAGUCGUUACUUUCACACUAUGCACUAGUAUAAUCAAGCACACUUUCAGAUAAUCAAAGAAGACAUACAACACUAGUACCCUACUUAUAGUAGUGUGCACUUUCUGUCCUAUGAAGGUGGCUUUGCCUGGGAUUGGUUCUUACAGUCUCCCUUUUAUAGACAAUCAGCUUCUGACCCAAACCAAACUGGAACUGUCGACUGAGGCAGAGCCUGUGUGGUUUGCAGUUAGUUGCAUUUAGGCUUUAGAAGUGUAGGCUCAACGCUUUCCACUUCCCUUACAGCACCUAGCCCUGCACGAAGAAUAUACCAAAGCUACUGAAACAAAUGCACACAAACAUACAUUGGUGGCCAAAAGUUUGGAAUAAUGUACAGAUUUUGCUGUUUCGGAAGGAAAUUGAUACUUUAAUUCACCAAAGUGGCAUUCAACUGAUCACAAUGUAUAGUCAGGACAUUACUGAUGUAAAAAACUGCACUUUCACUAUUUGAAAAAAGUCAUUUUUGAUCAAAUCUAGACAGGCCCCAUUUCCAGCAGCCAUCACUCCAACACCUUAUCCUUGAGUAAUCAUGCUAAAUUGCUAAUUUGGUUAUAGAAAAUCACUUGCCAUUAUAUCAAACACAGUUUAAAGCUAUUUAGUUUAUUAAAUGAAGCUUAACAUAGUAUUUGUGUUUGUUUUUGAGUUGCCACAGUAUGCAAUAGACUGGCAUGUGUUAAGGUCAAUAUUAGGUCAAAAAUGGCAAAAAAAGAAAGCGCUUUCUCUAGAAACUCGUCAGUCAAUCAUUGUUUUGAGGAAUGAAGGCUAUAUUAUGAUUUCAUACAAAAGGUGUACACGACAGUCUUAAAAGACACAGGACAACUGGCUCUAACAAGGACAGAAAGAGAUGUGGAAGGACCAGAUGAACAACUAAACAAGAGGAUAAGUACAUCAGAGUCUCUAGUUUGAGAAAUGGACACCUCACAUGUCCUCAGCUGACAGCUUCAUUGAAUUCUACCCACUCAACACCAGUUUCAUGAACAACAGUAAAGAGAAGACUCAGGGGUGCUGGACUUAUGGGAAGAAUUGCAAAGAAAAAGCCACUUUUUCACAACGGAAAAAGACAAUGUUAGAGUAGGCAAAGAAACAGAUAUUGGACAACAGAUCAUCGGAAAAGAGUGUUAUGGAUUUUAACCCCAUUGAGCUUUUGUGGGAUCAGCUACACUGUUAGACAGACACAUCUAUGGCAAGUGCAACAAGAAGUGUGGGGUGAAAUGUCACCUGAGUAUCUGGACAAACUUUCAACUAGAAUAACAAGGAUCUGCAAAGCUGUCAUUGCUGCAUGUGGAGGAUUUUUUUGAUGAGAACACUUUGAAGUAGUUAAAAAGUUCUGAAAAAACUUCUAAUUUUAAUAGUAAUUUUUCACAUUAUUAAUGUCCUGACUAUAAAUUGUGAUCAGUUGAAUGCCACUUUGGUGAAUAUAACUAUAAGUACUAACUUCUUUUCAUAAGAGCAAAAUCUGUACAUUAUUCCAAACCCUUGGCCGCCAGUGUACAUGCACACACACUCCCCGAAGAGGGCUGGGCUCUGCAAGGGAACAGAGCUUUUGUAAGCACGCACACAAAACUCGCACGCAACUUAUACACAUAAAUAACACAGUAAGCUUCACAUUUAUUACAAUCACGAUAUAUUCAGGUGUUUAAAUAAGAUUACGGCCACAAAGUGCAUGCUUAUUUCAUAAUUUAGCCCUUUCCAUUCACAUUGCCUUUUUUUUUUUGUGGUAUUUUACAAAGAACUGGUAAAUAUAGUGUUGCUUUGUUUAGCAACAGCACAAAUAAUUGUAGAAAAAGUACAGCAGACACUAAAAAUGUGGAUUGAUGGUGUUAAAUUAUGUAAGUGACUGACAUGAGCUUAGAGCUGAUUGGCUGGCGCAGCUGCCUGAUUACAUUGACAAAGGAUGGUUGAAAGAGUGUCGAGGAACCAUUUCCAUUGUACACUCACACUUAUUGAAUGUCAAUUUCCUGCAGCUUCUUCCACUAGGAAGCACACAUUGCAACAUUUUUCAGGGGUGUUUCCUGUGUGUGUGUCUGUAAGGGGCGGGGCUUUCUGGAGCGUGUUGCUCCAAGCUCAGAAUGUAGGGCAAAUCCCACUACCAAUAAUCCCAAUCCUUAAAAACACAAUGUGCCCCGUCUCUCACAUACACGUCCAGUUGCCCCCAAAGGGCUAUCGACCCACGCAACGCAUCGUGAUUACCUCACUCCAUGCAAAGCUGGGCGCAGGUUACUGUAGAUACUGUACAAAGAGAGAAAUUAAUGAUAUGGAUUACAAGAUGUGAAAGAGAGGGAGAGAUGGAAAAAGAGAAUGGCUUGAUGAUGUACAGUGUUCAGGGUCAUUGCACUGUAAAAAAAAUCAUGUUUUUAAUCAAUAUUUUAGUUUUUUUUUUUUUUCCAGUAAUUUUUUUUUUUUUUUUUUUUACCGUCUUUAAACUAGCAAAACCAGGGAAAAGUAAAUAAAAAUGGAUUGGUAUCCUUCUAAAGACUAAAUGGACAAACAUAAGUUCUUCCCCAGUAUUGAUUGAUUAAUGCAACCUUAUGUUUGUGUCGUUUUCCUUUAUUUCCUGUCUGAAGUAUGCCGUGUUAGCUCUUAUUAGAUGAAGAGGAUAUCACUAGCCCACCUUUCAAGGGUGCACUUUUCCCCAAUCCCUGAUCUCUGCCUAGGGUCCCUGAAUGUAUUUUGUCCUUUGAAAGUGCUGUCAAGUAUUGUCAAUGUGGCCCCAUAUCUUUUCAUUUGUACUCCAAUCAGGGCUCGCACCAGUUCGACGUGCCACACCUUACCUUCCCUUGCAUCCCUUUCCUUCUCAAUCUAUGUUCUACACAGUUUUUUGGGCAUAAAUCUAAAAAUAGGUCUCUACCACUAGCCUUGUCGUGUAGAACAGUUAAUUUAUGAUUCCCUUGAGUUCCUCUUUUGAUAAUAUAAUAAUUCUUAUUUAACCACGUGUUGCAUCUUUUCUUGUGAACACUCAAUGAAUAUUAAUAAUAAUAUGAUCACUGUUGUUACAACUAGACAUCGUUUUAUACUAAGCAAUACAUUCUUUGUGUAUUUUUCUUUAUUUUUUGGAAGGGAGGCUGGUUGUUAAAAAUAUGUGUAAAGAAAUGGUAGGAUUCAAUCUUAACCUGCUUUGCUAUAAUAAACAAAAUUAAGACUAAUGUGUUUAUGUAAUAUGUGCAUCUAUAUACAAGCUGUCAUUGUCUGUGUACUUAAAAAAAGCUGAACAUGCAACAAAUAAAAAUGGACAUAUAAA